CCCUGCAGCCGCCGGCAGCGAGGCCACAGCCGGGGCCGGGGGCGCCCGCAGCCCGCCCGCCACCACCACCGCCACCACCAUGCCCUUUGACUUCAGGAGGUUUGACAUCUACAGGAAGGUGCCAAAAGACCUUACACAGCCAACCUACACAGGGGCCAUUAUCUCUGUCUGCUGCUGUCUCUUCAUAUUGUUUCUCUUCCUGUCUGAGCUCACCGGAUUCAUAGCCACUGAAAUAGUUAAUGAGCUCUACGUGGAUGACCCAGACAAAGACAGUGGAGGGAAAAUAGAAGUGAACCUGAACAUCAGUUUGCCAAACCUGCACUGUGAAUUGGUUGGACUGGACAUCCAGGAUGAAAUGGGAAGGCAUGAAGUGGGUCACAUUGACAACUCGAUGAAGAUCCCUCUCAAUAAUGGGGAUGGCUGCAGGUUUGAGGGCCAUUUCAGCAUCAACAAGGUCCCUGGUAACUUCCAUGUGUCGACGCACAGCGCGACGGCGCAGCCGCAGAACCCCGACAUGACUCACGUCAUCCACAAGCUCUCAUUUGGGGACAAGCUGCAGGUCCAUAACGUCCACGGAGCAUUCAAUGCCUUGGAGGGAGCAGACAAGCUCAGCUCAAACCCCCUUGCCUCUCACGACUACAUCCUGAAGAUCGUGCCCACGGUGUACGAGGACAUGAGCGGCAAGCAGCGAUACUCCUACCAGUACACCGUGGCCAACAAGGAAUACGUGGCCUACAGCCACACGGGCCGCAUCAUCCCGGCCAUCUGGUUCCGCUACGACCUGAGCCCCAUCACAGUGAAGUACACAGAGAGGAGACAGCCUCUGUACAGGUUCAUCACAUCGAUAUGUGCCAUCAUUGGAGGAACAUUUACUGUAGCUGGGAUCCUGGACUCCUGCAUUUUCACAGCAUCAGAGGCCUGGAAGAAGAUCCAGCUGGGCAAAAUGCAGUAGCAGUGAAACUCUACCCUCGACUCCAAGGACAGGAGCAAAUAUUGACAAAUCUACCACUACCUGUUUUUGUCUUUAUUUUCUAUUUGAUUGAAUCAGUAUGUUUUUCUCUAAUCAGGCUGGUCAGCGAAGACAUCUUCAACAAAUCAAAGAAAUCUCCGUGCAUUUCAGAGCUCUGAGAGGGAAAAAUCAGUGGAAUCAGGGUGUGGAUUUCCUCCCCCCAGAGAGAGAGGUUGAAAUGCCAUUCGAGAUCCAAGUGAGGAUGGCAGUCUGUCCUCUGGCACGUUCCUAUGGCAGUGUACAAACUAGGGAGUAGAUGGCAAAGAGCUGAACUGUCUUGUGGCACUUUUUGGAGUUCUGUUGGAUUUGCAUGAUCAGACAAUCGACUUUUGCAUAGGGCAAAAUUACACAUGAGGAAGAAAUUCCACCCGUGGUGCCAAAAAGGUGAUGUAUCUGUUGGUGAGGAGUGGAAAGUGUUAGUCCCCACAGCAAACCUAAGAGACAGAGGGCAGAAAUAACACCAAGAAAUGUUUUGUGCUUCUAUUGAAAGCUCAGUUGUUCAGAUACAACCUUCCUAACCAAGUGAAAAAAGAACAGGAAGCCUUCCCCAGCUACCUUUUCCUAGGUGAUCUGUGAUCCCAGCAGUGGAGGGCAUUUCUUUCACUCUGGAUGUAAAAGUGGUUUCAUUCCUUCCCACUAACUGAAUAUCCAGUCUUGUGUUUACAGGUGGCAUGAAGUAAAAACCAAACUGAGCAACACAGUUUUAUGUGGCCUUUGCUUUGAAAGGGAAUAGUUGUCUUUGCAGCAUUAGCUUUUCUUUCUUCUGUUUCAAACCCAAAAGUCUGGAUUCUGCACUUCUGCUUUAUUAUUGUUGUUGUUGUUUUCUUUUGAAAAGAGGUUUUAUAUUCUCUGUGCUCAGAAAAACGGUGCAGCCCUCUGGGUGGAUGAGCACAGCUUCCUCUCUUGCUCUGUGUGUGUGUAUUCAAUACACCUGUCAAACACAGGAAUUCUGACUUUGCAGGAUUUAAGCUGCCUCCCUUUUCGUUUAAAACUCAGCCAGGCAUCUUUCCUGAUGCUCUCCCACAGGUACCCAGGGCAGCAUUCCCACAGGCUGACCCUUGCUGGGAGUUCUGUUUGAUCCCUUCAAAAGAUUCCUGAGCUUCCCUGUCCUUUCCUUCAAGCCUUGUCUUCUGGAGCCUCCAAAACACAGAGCUGUGAGGGGAAAACUCCUGCCGGGGGUGUCUUGCUUGUCAUUUGGUCUCAAAAAUGAGAGCAGAUGCCCACCAGUGCAUUUUCCAGAGCCUCAUCAGUGUUCCUUGAGUAGUGACAGUCUCUGCAUGCCUUGUGAAUGUCUGAGCUGAGGAUACACAAAUUUUAAGUCUUUCAGGAUGGAUUAAACAAUAAUAAUCAUAAAAUGAGAGUCUUGAACUCAGUGCUGUAAAUUGUAAGAUGGGUGCAGGGUUUCUCUUGGAUGAUAUCCAUUGCCUUUUCCUGGAGGCAAAAUAUCCAGACUUUAUGCUGUGAUGAUAUGAAUUGUUGAAUAUUCAGUGUUAUUGUUAGAGUCAGAUGCAUUUCAGAAGAAUUCGUGAUUGUUGAAAUUGUCUCCUUGCUUUGGGAGCAGGGAAGGUGCUGCCAGUUUUACCCACCCCCCAAAAAGCAGCAGCCAGCUCCUCUCCCCCUGCCAUGCCAUGCCCUGCAGUCACUUCAGACACCGUUGGAAUCUUGGAAUUUUUCCCUGUCCUUCUCUGGACUGAUUGCUCUUGCUUUAGGUGCAAACUGGAUUGUGGAACUUCCUGUACCCGUUCAUGUAUGGGUAGAUUUUUUUUACUUUUUAUUUUCCCCCCAUUUACAAAAAUGAACUUUUUCAGUGAGAUGCUUGUGUUCACCUGGGUGUGUGUGUCCCUGUGCCUGUGAGUGGGACCCCCUGGAUGAGGGAUUUUCCAUGGCAAUUGCUUCUCCUGCUGGCUGAAGGAUUUCCUCUAAUCCACUGUGACCAGCUGAAACUCACAGCUAAAAUAUCCUCAUUUUUCCUUUUGGAUUUGGUCAGUCUUUGCUGACAGCUUGGGAACAGUGGAUUACAACAAUGAGAUUUUUAAUAUUUUAGCAUCUUCCUUACACUGAGAUUUAAUUAGUGCAUCCUUCUCCUGAGCUGGGCAAGGGGAGAUCUUUGCAGUACAGUUCAUUUUCUGGAAUUUCUCCUCUGGUACAAUUUCUUUGUCACAAACAAGAGGUGGUUGCAGAUUCUUUGUGUCUCCUGGUGUAUUAUUCCCAUCCUUCUCCCCAUUCCCUGUCUGUAUUAAACUGCCUCCUGUGCAGUCCAGGCCAGUUCUCUAAACCAGACCAGUGAAAUUGGUUUGUUUGGAGUUUUUGGAGGUUUUUUUUUAUUGGAAGUAACACACUUCAGCGUGCCUGCUCUCUCUGCCAAAACAUCCCCUGCAAUAAGGUAAUAAAUCAAAUUUUUUUUUUUUUGUUUUUUUUGCAAAAUGUGGAAACCAGAUUGUCCUGAAGUUCUGGCAGGAGGAACAUCUGUACCUGGGUUUCCUUAACCAGGUCUCAGCC